AUGGAGCAGCUCGAGCGAGAGAUACGGAAGGAGAUCGACGAGAUGCACACGAGCGUGUCGCUGAUGGACCGGCUCGAGGCGGCCGACACGAUGGACGAGGAGCGGCGCGACGAGCUCCUGUCAGCGACGCGGGCCGCCUUCGAAAACGCGAACGCGAACAACGUAAAGAACAGUCUCACCGACUCGCAGAUAUCGAUCAUAUCCAAGCACGACGGGUACCUGGACUCGGACCACUUUUACAGCACGCCUGAGACCGCUGCCGUCGCCGCCGUUGCCGCCGCCGCUGGCAAGGAUAACAGUGUGGCAGGAACCAAUAGUAGCGGAACUGACGCGAAACACGUCGUGGCCGCCGCCGCUGCCGUAUCCGACCCCGAACAAAACCAAAGCGAUCCACGAAGCCCGGGAGCGCCAGUGGCCAGCGGCCAAAGCGCACACAAAAAAGCCGCAGCCCAAAAAAGCAAGACGGAAGCGAAGCCCGGCUCUGCCAAGCAGGGGCCGGUCGCUGCCCAGGAAGCCUGCGCAGCGCAUGACGCGCCCGGCAAGGGCGCACCGGCUGCAGGGAGCGUGCCGCUAGGCAGCCUGCUAUUCGCCACGGAUGGCGGUGCACCGGUCAAGCACGGCAGUCGCAGCAGCAGCAAGCUUCCGUCUACGAUCGGACUCGGGCUGAUACAGCUGGUGCUGAGUGUCACGUUGGCCGCGCUCGGCGGGAUGGUGAUCGCGCGGAACGCGUCCCUAGCCAUGGCCGGUACGGGCCUGUGGUGCGGGGCCAUCGCCGGUAUCGCUGGAUCGCUCGGAUUGAUGAACAUUAAGAUGGCGAAGACAGGCUUCCUGGCGGUCAAUCUGAUUUGCGUCGCCUCGAGCACACUCGGGCUCGCCCUCACUGGCAUCGGUGCCGUCCGGGACGCCAACAUGGCGCAACAGGAUGAGUUAAUCUGGGGAGCUGUAACAGCCGGAACCGGGCUACUAGUGACGCUGGCGAUCCACUUCCUCGUCAGCGUAUUUUCCGUCUACUAUUCGGCGCUCAAGCUCUGCUCCAGACCAGCACCAAAGCGGCGGAUGAUCGAUAACGUUAUGCACAGUAACUCGCAGGCGUUUAUGGCACAGCAGAAGGUGGAGGACUACAUAAACUCGUUGCGCGUGGAGCCAAGCAUUAAGGAUAUGAUGUAUCAGACCAUGCUAAAGCGAAGCUGUGGUUCGAUGUACGGUGGCGACAGCAAACACCGCAUUGAGGACAACUUCAGUAGCGGAAACUCGCACCGCCUCCUUCUGGUCCCUGCCGGAGCCGGCAACGGCCUUCCGUCAAUGAUUCCGAUGUACCCAGGGAUGCAGUCGACAAUGGCUAGCAACGCGACAGUGAUGUAUCCCGCGAACCUGUUACCACACGGAUUACCCCACCCUCAACCGUAUCCGGAGAGUGCCCUCAUGGAGGCGCAAAUCGCCAGAACCAAUCGCAAGCGGUCCACGAUGCGGAUGAACCAAGAGCGCACCAGUGUGGACGCGGAGCGACCGAGAAGAAAGUCGGACUCGGAUCUAGAGAAAACCUUCACCUACACGGGCCUUGACCGAGACAUCGCUGAUAGCUAUUUGGCAAAAGAGGAGGAGAAGCUAACGAGCAGCAUCGUGAGCAGCAGCGGGCAGCACAUGUCGCCGCCGCACACCUACCAUCACGAUCUAAUGCUAAUCGAUCAUCGUACAAAUUUCGAACGAUACAACAGCGUAAAUAUAUGAGUUGGAGGAGGGAACAUUAUUUCAUUAUUACCAGUAGAGUAUCUGCUCGACAGAAGUGUAGUCGAUGGGAUGUUUUAUAUUGUGAAUUUGUUGUUAUAUAGUAUUUGUAUAGAUUGUUACUCUUGCGUUGUUCCCAUGCAAACUAGUAUAAAAUAUGGCUAAUUGCAAUGGCAACAGAAGUAGGAAUA